AUGACAGAGGAGGGCAGCGAGGCGGAGAAGCCGCGGACCCGUGAGGCGGGCGAGACGGCGGCGGCGCUCGACAAGGUGACGGACUUUCGGGAGGAGAAGGAGAUGAUGACCAAUGUGGACAAGGAGCUGGUGCAGCAGGCGAUGCAGAAGCUGGCGGCGGAGCAGGCGCAGCGCACCGAGGCGCAGCGGCAGCGCGAGCGCGAGCUGGCGGCGGUCAAGGUCCAGAAGGAGGACAUUGAGGUCAUUGCGCAGCAGUUUGACAUGGACAAGAAGAAGGCCGAGCGUGCGUUGAGAGAAAAUGGGGGGGAGCUGAAGACGGCGCUGCAGUCGUUGCUCAAACCGCUCCACGGCAGCAGCAGCGCCGGCACUGCCCAACAGCCUGCGGCACCACAGAGCGAGGUAGCUGUGCCUGGCGCCAAGCCCAGCCGCUUCCAGGAGCGGCGGCAGGCAUGGCGGCAGCGGAUUGAGGCAAUCAAAGCCAAGCAGGCCAGCAGGGCCGCCGCAGGAGGCUCAUCAGAUGGCGCUGCGGCAGCAGCUGGAGGCACCCGUGUGUACAGCAAGCACAUUGCCAUCCCCAUCCCCAUUGGAGGCAGGGCGGGAGGCAGCGCAGGGGCCACGCCACAGGGCUCCCCGGCACGGCGAGAGCCCCUUCUGGAUGCCAUCGCCGCCUCGCUGCCGCAGCUGGAGGCGCCGCCUGUGUGGCAGGGGUUCCAGACAUCUGAGGCUCCUGCCGACAUGGCGGCCGCCACCGACGAGCAGCUGCAGCGCUUCCUGCACCAGGCGGGCUGGGCGCAAGAGGCAGUGUGGAGCCUGGCGGACCGCGAGGCACUUGUGCUGGCUGCCCGUGUCUCCAGGGGCGCGUGGGAGGUGGAGCGCGUGAUCGUGGCCUGCGUUUGGCCCGAGGAGGUGUUACGCGUGCCGCGCAAGUGCGGCGACCCGUCGGCGCUGCGGGCGGCGUACCGCCGGGUCAGCAUGGCGGUACACCCCGACAAGUGCGGCGCAGCGGGGGCCUCGGAUGCAAUGAGCAUCGUGGCGGAUUGUUAUGCCAUGCUCGUGCAUGCGGCCAGCGGCGGCAAGGCCGCCGCGGCGGUGCCCGCCUACCUGCGGCAGCACCACCCCACGCUCGCCAUGCACACCAGCAGCAGCACCACUAGCCUGCCGCAGCCCGAGCAGCCGCAGCCCGUGCGGCGCACCAGCAGCUUUGGGGCCAGGACGCCGGCGCGGCGUCACAGCAGCAGCAGCCACGAGCACUGGCAUCCUCCCAGCCGCAUGUAUUCGGAGGAUGACCUGCAGGCUGCUGAAGCAAGCGGCUGCAGCCCUGGGGAGGGACGAGCCACAGCCUGCUGCGGAGGCCAUGUGGAGCCGGAGCCGGAGUAG